AACGGAUUCAAACAGCUUCUUUGACAAGCCACUUAAAUAUCGUUCCACGGAAAUGUCUUCCAAGUAUACAAUUCAUUCGAUACUUUAAUAAUCAAUUAUGGAAGACCUGCCGCUUAUACCAGGUUACACAUUUCGGGAUCAAAAUAUCUGCGAUUUUAGAUUAUUGCAAAAAUUUCAUUUUCUGAACGGUUAUCGCGUGGUACGCGAUAGCGAUUUUGGUGUCGGAGGAAGACCAAUAGAUGCUGCAUCUACCGCAUUCAUAAAAGAUACACCCAUCGUAGAAUACGAUCCAUCUUUAACGUAUGGCCGGACGAAACGAUACCCGUAUCGUCAAGUUAUUCCGCAUUAUGCGUUAUACGCGCAAAAAUGCCUUUGCUUCAAAGCAUUUUUCCGUCAAGGGGUAUUCAACUCGCCGGACGAACACUUUCGGAUACGUCAUGUGAACAUAAUAUACUUUUUGGAGGACAACACCCUCACCGUGAUAGAGCCCUCCGUCGACAAUGCUGGCUUUCAACAAGGAAAGCUCGUCAAGCGUGAUAAAAUUGUGAAAAAUGUAAAAGGCGAUACAUUUUACUGGAAGGACUUCAACGUUGGGAUCGACGUAUGUAUUCACGGCGUGGUUUAUCAUAUUAUCGACUGCGAUUUAUUUACCAGAGAGUUUUUAAAUAGUCAAGGCAUAGAUGUGGGAGAUAAGGAGGAACCCCCGGUCGAUCCUUACACGUUUCUUCGCGCGUCCAAGAUGAGGACACCGACGCACAUCACACAGAUCCCGGAUGACGCCAGGCGUCGAUUUUUGGAGUACGAUAAAAUGGUGUUAACGUUCACCGCCACUUGGAACGAAGAUACUUAUCAAAUAAUGUAUUUCCUAACGGACGACACGAUAGCCGUGCGCGCGAUUCAGAAACCUAACUGCGGGAAAGAUCCUGUGUCGAUGUUAUUAAAACGAAUGAAAGUACCGAAAGACUGGAAAAAUUUACCGUCCUCCUAUCCAGCUAUAUACUUGGAAUGCAGCGACUCAGAAGUUGUCGAAUACUACACGCCAAAAGAUUUCGUGAUAGGCGAGACGAUAUUCAUAUUCAGUCGACGUUUCCUCCUGCACGAUUGCGAUUCUUUCACGCGGAAGUAUUACUCUGAUAUGCUGGGAAUAACGCAACCAGAGAGAAUCCCCUUGCCAACAGAAAAAUCGAAACCGAUGCCAAAAUAUGUCCCUCCUCCCCACAUAAAAUUUGGCACGCCAGAAGACACCUACGCCAGUUGUCUGUCUGUUAUACCCAAACCACCUAAAAAGGACGUCGUACGACAGCUGGUUAAUUUCCCCAAGAAGUUGCGCUACUCGAUGAUAAUGGACGCGGUGCAUCCCGAGGACAAGGAUCGCGACUUCAUCUUAGAGUAUAGUUUAAGCGACGGCACGAUACUGGUGCACGAAAUCGAGAAACGUAACUCGGGACGUCGCGAGGGGUGCUUUCUGAAAUCUACGCUGGUUCCUAAGCCGCAAACUGGAAGAGACAAUCCCGAGUAUUACACUCCGCGCGACUUUUUCAUCGGCGCGAAAAUCAAUAUUUUUAAUCAUUAUUUUAUAAUUUGCGGGGCUGAUCUCUACGUAUAUCGUUACGUCGAGGCGAAUCCUGAGAAGUUUUCCAGGGAAGUGCGAGACAAUAUUCGCGAUUACUUCGUCAGACAGAAUUUACUUGGCGACGAUAUAGCGGCCGAGGCGAAAAAAAUACAGAACGCGGAAGAGGCUGAAGUUUACGCGAUCAAACCGGCCGAAGCAACGAUUGAUCGCGAUAUUGAUAUGAUCAAUUGUUUAAAUGAUCUCAAGGCUCAAGCUGAAUGUAAGUAUGAAGGAGAACACGGCGAACUGAGACCACGUACACCGCCGCCGGAAGAACUGUGCCCAGGCUUAGCGACAGCAAACAAUUCUGCGGCUCCUGGAGGUACAGAGACCUUAAAAAAAGAUAUAAAAAAGGAAGUAAGAUGGAAUGAUCAAAUAGAACACUGAAAAAGGUCUGUGAUUAUGAAUGAGGUCUGAGAUAAAUGAAUACAAAGUAAAAACUUAUUACCUUUCUAUGGCGUUUUGCGGACAUGUAUUCCUUGUCCUUUUUACCAGACCCUACUCUACUUCGUCUAAGGAGUCACGGGAUAGAUUGGUUUAUUAAUUAUAAAAUAAAUACUUUAAACUUGC